CAGCGCCACCAGCCCCCGUCCGCUUCUUCUUCCCCGCACCACCACGCAAUGCCCACCAUUCCACAUCUCUCCCUCUCUCUCCUUCUCCCCCGGCCCGACCCGACCCGACCCGAUCCCCCUCCCCCAUGGCCUCCACCGCCCACGCCUUCCGCCUCUCCGCCUCCCCGAAGCCCUCCGCCGCCGCCGCCACCGCCGCCGACGCGUUCCUCCGCCCCGAGACCCUCUCGUUCUGCUCCUCCGCCGGCGGCGCCCGGCUGCGGCGGAGCGGCGGCGCGUGCUCCCUGAGCGUGACCGCGGCGGGCGCGGCGGGGUUGAAGGUCCGCGCGAGCAGCGCGACGCCGGUCAUGGACAAGUCCAAGAGCGAGGCCGGCCCCAAGGCUCCCACCAUCGUCGACGUCGACCUGGGCGACCGGAGCUACCCGAUUUACAUCGGGUCCGGGCUCCUGGACCAGCCCGAGCUCUUGCAGAGGCAUGUUCAUGGUAAGAGGGUUCUUGUGGUGACCAACGACACCGUGGCGCCGAUUUACUUGGAUAAAGUCGUCGAUGCUCUAACCAAGGGAAACCCAAAUGUUUCCGUCGAUCAUGUGAUCUUGCCCGAUGGUGAGAAGUACAAGGACAUGGACACCCUGAUGAAAGUCUUUGAUAAAGCAAUCGAAUCGCGUCUGGACCGCCGGUGCACGUUUGUCGCCCUCGGCGGUGGUGUGAUCGGUGACAUGUGUGGGUAUGCCGCUGCUUCGUUCCUCCGUGGUGUUAACUUCAUUCAGAUUCCCACGACCGUUAUGUCUCAGGUGGAUUCUUCUGUUGGUGGGAAGACUGGCAUAAAUCACCACCUUGGGAAGAAUUUGAUCGGUGCCUUCUACCAACCACAGUGUGUGCUUAUAGACACCGACACUCUGAACACCUUGCCAGAUAGGGAAUUAGCAUCAGGCCUUGCUGAGGUUGUUAAGUAUGGGCUUAUAAGGGACACUGAAUUUUUCGAGUGGCAGGAAAAGAAUAUGGAUGCCUUAAUAGCCAGGGAUCCAUCAGCACUAGCAUAUGCUAUAAAGCGUUCCUGUGAAAAUAAGGCUGAGGUUGUGUCCUUAGACGAAAAAGAAAGUGGAUUGAGGGCAACAUUGAACUUGGGACACACAUUUGGCCAUGCUAUUGAGACCGGUUUAGGCUACGGUCAAUGGCUGCAUGGAGAAGCUGUUGCGGCAGGCAUUGUUAUGGCUGUUGAUAUGUCCUACCGGCUUGGUUGGAUUGAUGAAUCGAUUGUGACCCGAGUUGACAAGAUUCUAAAGCAGGCUAAAUUGCCAACUUGCCCUCCUGAAACCAUGACCGUGGAGAUGUUCAAGUCUGUUAUGGCGGUCGACAAGAAGGUAGCAGACGGGCUGCUAAGGCUCAUCCUUCUAAAAGGGCCUCUGGGCAACUGCGUCUUCACGGGCGACUACGAUAGGAAGGCCCUCGAUGAAACGCUCCGUGCAUUUGUCAAGUCUUGAGAACAGAGAUGCGGAGGGAGCUUUCAUCCCUGCGAUAUGUGCAAUUUUUUCGUCAGCAGAUGUAUGUGUAGUUUUUGUUGUAGUGUGGGAAAGCCAGUGUUGCAAUUGUUCGCACACCUUCAGUUCGUCGACCUAGAUUGUAUUGGUGAAAUCUUAUUGAUUGGGAAGGGUUUUUACUUUAGACAGACGGGAUCGUUAACAAAAAUAAAGAUGUUUAUGUCUGUCCCUC